GGUUCCGGUGACGACUGCAGCGUACCCGCCAGCCCACGGCCCUCCGCCUCCGCACCCCACAAACCCGCCCCCUUCUGUGCCAGGAACCUGCUACCACCAGCACCAUGUCCUAUCAAUACCCAGCACUGACCCCGAAGCAGAAGAAGGAGCUGUCUGAGAUAGCUCGCCGCAUUGUGGCUCCGGGCAAGGGCAUCCUGGCAGCAGAUGAGUCCACGGGAAGCAUUGCCAAGCAGCUGCAGUCCAUCGGCACUGAGAACACCGAGGAGAAUCGUCGCUUCUACCGCCAGCUGCUGCUGACUGCUGAUGACCGUGUGAAUCCCUGCAUUGGGGGUGUCAUCCUCUUCUAUGAGACACUCUACCAGAAGGCGGAUGAUGGGCGUUCCUUCCCCCAAGUCAUCAAAUCCAAGGGUGGUGUCGUGGGCAUCAAGGUAGACAAGGGAACAAACGGCGAGACCACUACCCAAGGGCUGGAUGGGCUGUCUGAGCACUGUGCCCAGUAUAAGAAGGAUGGAGCUGACUUUGCCAAGUGGCACUGUGUGCUGAAGAUUGGGGAACACACCCCCUCAUCUCUUGCCAUCAUGGAAAAUGCCAAUGUUCUGGCCCGUUAUGCCAGCAUCUGCCAGCAGAAUGGCAUCGUGCCCAUUGUGGAACCUGAGAUCCUUCCUGAUGGGGACCAUGACUUAAAGCGCUGUCAGUAUGUGACUGAGAAGGUUCUGGCUGCUGUCUACAAGGCUCUGAGUGACCACCACAUUUACUUGGAAGGCACCUUGCUGAAGCCCAACAUGGUCACCCCAGGCCAUGCGAGCUAUAAAUGA